AUGGCUUGUUUUGUUUUGCUGCUGAUCGGCUGUAUCCUUCAGAAAACUUUAUUAAGGGCAGAAACCACUGAGGACGAGAUAACCUGGCCGGAUGACGUCACUGAGGCUACCUUAGAAACAGAGAUGACCUGGCCGGAUGAACUGCCAGUAACCGUAACGAAAGAGGUCACUUAUCGCACCGCUAGAACCUUGGAUCCUUUGGAUGCCUUGAAGGACGAAGAAGAGUUCAUGGAAAAGCCGCACAAAAACAAGGAUGUCGAGACAUUCGACAGCCUGGAAGAAGGAUACCGCAUGGUUCAUCCAAUAGAGGAAGCAAAAGCUCUGAAGCGGAAGCCGCUUCCCGAGGAGAAGUAUAUCAAGCAGCCGUUCUACUUCGGCUGCUGUCACAACUCCACGAAUGUGGGAUGUGCAGGUGUUUGUCCGGAGACCUGUGAGUACCGCUCCAAGUACUGUGUACCUCUAUGCGGACCUCCAUGUCGCUGUAAGCGCGGUUUUGUCUACAAUAUUCAGCGAAAGGCCUGCACCCUGCGCUCCGACUGUCCCAAGUGGAUUGUUCAGAGCAAGAACGGAAUCUACAGGGUGUUUUUGUGA